AUGACUCACCAACGGUGUCCCGAGCUGACUAAGCGAGCCUAUUCUCCGCAUCGAGCCUCUCCGUUGAACCGAUCAGAACGUGGUAUUAAAAGUGCACAAGAGUAUUUUGAGUCAGAAACCCCCUCGAUUGACACGCCUUGCCCCAUCGUGCUUCGGUGGGGCGAGGCCGAGCACAUAGUCAUGUGUGGCCCCAUCACACUUGCUAUCUACCCCGACCCCUCUCUUUCUAUCGGCAUAUCCGACUCGGGCCUCCUAUCCGGAUCCCUUCAUUGUCUCGUGGAUCCGUUCCUUAUCUUUCUGGUUGACCGAUUUAACUCGGUUCCAGUCCCUGUGUGCAUUUCACUCCAGGCGCUAUUUCUCAAUGCCUUAGAAGCACGUACACCGUCGCUUCACUAA